AUGGAUGGGAAUAAAAGCCACAGCUCUGUGGCCACAUUCGUGCUGCUGGGACUCUCAGCCCGGAGGGAGCUGCAGCUCAGCCUCUUCCCUGGCUUCCUGGGGGUCUACCUUGUGACUCUGGCCUGGAACCUGGGCCUCAUCGUCCUCAUCAGGAUGGAUACCCACCUGCACACACCUAUGUACUUUUUUCUUAGCUUCCUGUCAUCCAUAGAUAUCUGCUAUUCUUCUUCCAUCAGCCCCAGGAUGCUUGCAGACUUCUUCAGAGAUGAAAAAACGAUCUCCCUCAUUGCGUGUGCCACUCAGUACUUUGUCCUGGCCUGGAUGGGGAUGUCCGAGUGCAGCCUCCUGGCUGCCAUGGCCUAUGACAGAUACGUGGCCAUCAGGAGGCCUCUGCAGUACUCAGCCAUCAUGGCGCCAGGCCUCUGUCAGAAGAUGGUUGCUGGGGUCUUUGGUACUGGUUUCCUUAGCAGCUUAGCGCAAACAGUGUCUUGCUUUCAUCUCUACUAUUGUGGGCCAAAUAUCAUUCAACAUUUCUUCUGUGACAUGCCUCAGAUUAUCACUUUGUCUUGCUCUGACCCUUACAUCAGCCAAUUGAUUGUCUUUCUGUCUGCUGUUUUUGUUGGGUUUGGUUCUUUUCUUGUUAUCCUCUUAUCCUAUUGCUUCACCGCGGCUGCCGUCCUCAAAAUAUCAUCAGUCAAACGUUCCUCCAAGGCCUUCAGCACCUGUGCCUCCCACCUGGCGGCUGUGACGCUGUUCUAUGGCACAGUGCUCUCGGUGUACAUGCACCGCAGCUCUGGCCACUCCAUGGAGCAGAACAAAGUGCUGUCCAUGGUCUAUGUCAUCUUCAUCCCCAUGCUCAACCCUCUGAUCUAUAGUCUGAGGAACCAGGAGAUUAAGGAGGCCCUCAAGAGGGUGGUAAAGACCGCCACACAUUGAUGUCAAAAGGGUCAUGUUCAGGCAGGUAUUAUUACUCUGAAAAGGAAGGCAGAUUUGAGAAUACUGAAGAGACCGUUUGUAGGUUGCAAGAAUAGCGAGGUAGAGAGAAGUGAGAAUCCGGCUUCUUUGUUCCCUGUGGUCAUUGUGUUCAGCUGCCUCUCUGCGAUGUGUCUGUGGCCACGUCUCUGA